AUGUCUGGAAGAGGUAAAGGCGCCGGAAAAGCUCGUGCCAAGGCAAAGUCACGUUCAUCCAGAGCUGGACUGCAGUUCCCGGUCGGUCGUGUCCAUAGGCUGCUUCGCAAAGGCAACUAUGCUGAGCGUGUCGGUGCUGGUGCCCCCGUCUACCUGGCGGCUGUUCUUGAGUAUCUGACCGCUGAGAUCUUGGAGCUGGCAGGAAACGCCGCCCGCGACAACAAGAAGACCAGGAUCAUCCCCCGCCACCUGCAGCUGGCUGUCCGCAACGACGAGGAGCUCAACAAGCUGCUCGGAGGAGUCACCAUCGCUCAGGGCGGUGUCCUGCCCAACAUCCAGGCGGUUCUGCUGCCCAAGAAGACCGAGAAGUCAAAACGGAGAGAGAAAACACAACCGCCAUCAGGAAACCUCUGUCCGCUGCAGCAUAACGAUGUGGAGAAGAACAAGGCUCGUGUCAAGACCGCAGUGAAGAAGCUGACGCUGCCCUACUCUCACGAUCACAUCUCGAGUUCGACUCAAUUCUAAGCUACCAUGAGUGGAAGAGGCAAAACCGGCGGCAAGUCCCGCGCCAAGGCCAAGUCCCGCUCCUCCAGAGCCGGACUCCAGUUCCCGGUCGGUCGUGUCCACAGGCUGCUCAGGAAGGGCAACUAUGCUCAGCGUGUCGGUGCCGGUGCCCCUGUCUACCUGGCGGCUGUGCUGGAGUAUCUGACCGCUGAGAUCUUGGAGCUGGCAGGAAACGCCGCCCGGGACAACAAAAAGACCAGGAUCAUCCCUCGCCACCUGCAGCUGGCUGUCCGCAACGAUGAGGAGCUCAACAAGCUGCUCGGAGGAGUCACCAUCGCUCAGGGCGGUGUCCUGCCCAACAUCCAGGCGGUUCUGCUGCCCAAGAAAACCGAGAAGCCCGCCAAGACCAAGUAAAGGCUCCAACACCACAAAGGCUCUUUUCAGAGCCACCCACUGUCAACUAGAGAGAAGUUCAUCGAUCAAAUGUACCUAAUGGCCGUUUUUGUCAA